AUGUUGUUUGUAAACAAAUGUUUUGACAGGCACGAAAUGAAAGUCGUGAAAUUCUCAUUAUUUCCACCCAAAGCCUGUGCAAUGUGCGAUACAAUCGAGUCCGCCUUCGUUGCCAUCAGCCGGCUAGCUUCCGGCUCGGAGGCCACACACAACGUCGAUCCCGUGCUCUUCCCGGACGGUGGUCUGCGGCCCGGCGAACUGAUCGAAAUCAGUGGCGACUCGAACAGCGGCAAAUCGUUGCUCUGCCUCGAGCUGAUCGCUCGCAUCAUCCUGCCCACGAGCUGCGGCGGCUUAGAGCUCGGUGCGGUCCUGAUUGACUGUGAGAACAGCUACAGCAAAACCGUCCUGCUAAGCAUCCUGGAAAAGCACAUCUUGAACCACGCGGAACCAGCACUCGCCAGCACGCUGACCGAUCCGCACCAGCUGGAAACCAUUCAACGCGCCGCCCUGAGCCGGCUCCAUCUGAUCACGUGCUACUCGUUGGAGCAGUUUGAAUUUUCCCUGCUCGCCCUGCCGGCCCUGUUCGUGAAGCAGCCCGAGCUGACGUUCGUGCUGAUCGAUUCGAUUGCCACCUUCUACUGGACCAAGUGUACGGCGAAAAACCUCAUCCGGCAGGAUACGUACCAGAAAGCGCACUGCAAAACGUUAAGCCGGCUAGCGGGCAAGUGGAAAAAGAUCGUCCUGUUCACCAAACCGUCCCACUUUGGUGGGCGACAAGCAUCGGGGCGUGAUUUCGAGGCGACCAGCGCAGCGGGAGCACUGUCGCUGGACGGAUCUACACAGGCAUCGUCGUUUGCGGGUCAUCUUACGCCCUCGAUCAGCACGGCGUCGUCCGCAGUCAGUUUGAUUGACCAUCGGAUCGAACUGACCGAAAUAGACAACCCGAGUCCGGGUGGGUCGGAGCAAGGCAGUGCCGACCAGCGGUUCAGUGCGUUCAUUACGAUGGCGGACAGGCAGCAGUACGUGCGCUUCUAUCUGAUCGACAAGUACGGGAUCAACUGGAUUGAGGCCUAAUGUGUUCGCUCUGUAUGAUGGGUAAAAUGUUACAUUCCUCGAAUUGUUGUCGCGUUCCGGUUCUUUCUGCUUCGAACUAAAUUAUAGUAAAUAAAUUGAAAAUUAACAGCACUAUUUUCCUCCUAUCGUUUUACAUUGUUUUUUUUACGUUUUAUUUCACGAGUUUCGCAACUUUUCCUCCUUCCUUUUCAUUUGCAUGAAUUUCACACAGCGCGCCGUUUACAAAUCUGUCCUUAUACAACUAAAAUUGUCACAUCCGCUUGAAUCCAUUUGUUUGUGUGUAUGUGUUGGCGAAUGAAAAGAGUUCGUCGAAUUUGUUUUCCUUUUUCUGUUUGUAAUCAUGUACGAAUAAACUAAAACUCAUAAAUCCUUAUAAUGGGUGUGGUAUGUGGGUAAUUCAUACUGCACUCUUGCUGAACUGACAAUGAGUCGCUGAUCCUAUGCCG